GACUUACCUAUCCCUAGUCAAAAUCAGACCAACGAAAACAAUAACAAUAACACGUGUAGAACAACACAAAAAAUAAAUUAAAGGAAGGAAACGUAACGUAGUUCUUUUAUCAGCAUUUCCAGACAACAAUUAUUAAAAUGACGGAGGAUACUAAAGACACACAAGUUAAAGGCGAAACACCUAAGGAAUCCAAUACCUCUGCCUCGAAAUCUGUUAAGAAGGUCAAGAAACCAGAAAAUGAAGUGCCUCGCGGCCAACCAAAAUCGCACAGACCAUGGAAAACACCGAAAACUAAAUUCUCAACAAUACAAAAGAGCAAACCUCGUUUAUCUUUCGAAAAGAAAAUGGAACUACGAAAUGAAUUGCGUGCCAUAAAAGAACGUUCGCGUGAAAUCAAAGAAGCCAAAAAGGAGGCAGCUUUGGAAAAGAAACAACGACGUUUGGAAAAUGCCGAACGCCGGUUGGCCAAUGAAAGGAAGGCCGAAAUUGUGCAGGUCAUUAAAAAUCCAGCUAAAUUAAAACGUAUGAAGAAGAAACAAAUGCGUCUCAUCGAGAAACGUGAUUUGAGCCAGGUUAAAGUGGUGUAGUGAUGCGUUUUGUGGAUAGAUAUUAGUAUUUUAAGUAUAUUUAGCUAUAUAAAUUUAUAACUUAACUUGAAAUAAAAAUAACUAAUGAAAUGUA